UUUCUGAUUGACAAUGACGCGGAGAAGGACUAUCUCUAUGAUGUGCUGCGGAUGUACCACCAGACCAUGGAUGUGGCUGUGCUGGUGGGAGACUUGAAGCUGGUCAUUAAUGAGCCCAGCCGCCUGCCACUGUUUGAUGCCAUCCGGCCCUUGAUCCCGCUGAAGCACCAGGUGGAGUAUGACCAGCUGACACCCCGGCGCUCCAGGAAGCUGAAGGAGGUACGUCUGGACCGUCUGCACCCCGAAGGCCUCGGCCUCAGCGUGCGUGGUGGCCUCGAGUUUGGCUGUGGUCUCUUCAUCUCCCACCUCAUCAAAGGUGGUCAGGCAGACAGCGUCGGGCUCCAGGUAGGGGACGAGAUUGUCCGGAUCAAUGGCUAUUCCAUCUCCUCCUGCACCCACGAGGAAGUCAUCAACCUCAUCCGCACCAAGAAGACUGUGUCCAUCAAAGUGAGACACAUCGGCCUGAUCCCAGUGAAGAGCUCUCCUGACGAGGCCCUCAAAUGGCAGUAUGUGGAUCAGUUUGUAUCAGAAUCUGGGGGUGGGCGGGGGACACUAGGCUCCCCCGGGAGUCGGGAAAACAAGGACAAGAAGGUCUUCAUCAGCCUGGUGGGCUCCAGGGGCCUUGGCUGCAGCAUUUCCAGUGGCCCCGUCCAGAAACCCGGCAUCUUCAUUAGCCAUGUGAAGCCUGACUCCCUGUCUGCUGAGGUCGGUUUGGAGACAGGGGACCAGAUUGUCGAAGUCAAUGGCAUCGACUUCUCCAACCUGGACCAUAAGGAGGCCGUGAACGUACUGAAGAGUAGCCGCAGCCUGACCAUCUCCAUCGUAGCUGGAGCUGGCCGGGAGCUGUUCAUGACUGACAGGGAGCGGCUGGCAGAGGUGCGGCAGCACGAGCUGCAGCGGCAGGAGCUACUGAUGCAGAAGAAGUUGGCGAUGGAGUCCAACAAGAUCCUCCAGGAGCAGCAGGAGAUGGAGCGGCAAAGGAAAAAGGAAAUUGCCCAGAAGGCAGCAGAGGAAAAUGAGAGAUACCGGAAGGAGAUGGAACAGAUUGUGGAGGAUGAAGAGAAGUUUAAGAAGCAGUGGGAAGAAGACUGGGGCUCAAAGGAACAACUCCUGUUGCCCAAAACCGUCACCGCCGAGAUGCACCCAAAACCCCUUCACAAGCCAAAGUAUAAUCAGGGAGUGGAGUCCGAGCUCAAGCCUGCAGAUGACCUGGAUGGAGGCACGGAGGAGCAGGGAGAGCAGGAGUUCCGGAAAUAUGAGGAAGGCUUUGACCCCUACUCAAUGUUCACCCCAGAGCAGAUCAUAGGGAAAGAUGUCCGGCUCCUGCGCAUUAAGAAGGAGGGAUCCUUAGACCUGGCCCUGGAAGGCGGUGUGGACUCCCCUAUUGGGAAGGUGGUUGUCUCAGCUGUUUACGAGGGGGGAGCUGCUGAGCGGCAUGGUGGCAUUGUGAAAGGGGACGAGAUCAUGGCAAUCAAUGGCAAGAUUGUGACUGACUAUACCCUGGCUGAGGCUGAGGCUGCCCUGCAGAAGGCCUGGAGUCAGGGAGACUGGAUUGACCUUGUGAUUGCCGUCUGUCCUCCCAAGGAGUAUGACGAUGAGCUGUAAGACCUUCUUCUGAAGUCCAGAGGAAGAAACCAAAUUCAUCUAGAAGACAAUGGGCUCUGGACCCACCUCCUGAAUACAAGGCCUGGGACCAGCUGUGAGAGACACCCAGGCUGCAGGCACCAGAAGACAUCCUGGGAAACCCACACCCAGCACCCAGGGAUUUCAGAUGCCCUUUGGCCCUGAGC